AUGAAAAAAUUACUGGCAAUAUUGAUUCUCUUAUUUUCGAUUGUAGGGUUGAUUAGUUCUUUUUUGAAUGUAAAAUAAGAAAUUCUGUAUUUUGAGGUAGGUUUUAUAAGUUACAGUAUAUUUUUGGUGAUUAUUUGUCUUAAGGGAUCUUCAGAGAAGGUGAAGGCUAUUUUUCAAUCUACAAACAUACUUUUAUGUAUUCUUUAGAUACAUACUAAUUAUUAUUCAACUCUUUAAUGUAUUAAUUUGAGUGGAUAAAAUAUUAUGAUUUUCAAUAUGAUAAUGUUUUAUUUUUCAAGUAUUAAGGAAGCACCUAUUUAAUUGAUAUUCUUUUUUGUUUCAAGAUGUGUAAUAACUGGAAUUAAUGAAUGA